UGGCUCAGCGUGGGCGUUUGGGCGAGGGAGGCGCGAAGCUUUACAGGCUGUGCCCGGCGAUCCAAAGCAAGGCGCCAUGGCAGCGUCCCUCAGCUUGACCAAGGAAAAGAAACCUGCAUAUAGCAGCGUCAUGAGAAGGAUGACCAGCCGCAUGAAUCAGCUUCACGACGAACUAGCGCUGGAGAGCGUGACUAACAUCGAGUUUGAACAGUCUUCGCGACGUUCCUUUGAAUUUCUUCAGUCGCAGCUUAGAACUCUCAAGGAGGCAUUCAACACCUUGACGGAUACCAUCUUGGAAGAGAUCGACUUUCUGAGUGGCACGGUGCGGGGUGAGCUUUGGAGGUUAGAUGAGCGACAGACUGGAUUCGAAAAAGCCCUGGUUCGAGACUCCCAUGAUCAGCAGCUCAGACUGCAGCAGCAGCUGCAGCAGUGUCAGCAGCAAACCCAGCAGUUGCAGCAACAUUCGCAGCAAAUCCAGCAGCAUUCACAGCAGAUCCAGCAGCAUUCGCAGCAACUGACGCAGCAAACCCAGCAGUGCCAGCAGCAGUCGCGCCAGCUGCAGCAGCAAUCUGGGCAACUGCAGCAGCAGUCAGCGCAGCUGCAACAGAUCUCCACGCAGAUCCAGCAACAGCUGCAGCAAAGUCAUCAGCUAGCGCAACAGUCCCAACAAAUGCAACACCUGCCACAGCAACUCACGCAACAACUCACUCAGCAAAUCACCCAGCAGUUGACGCAGCAGCUGCAGCAGCAGCUCAAAGAGCAGUUCACUGCUCAGCUCCAGCAGGAGCUUGCAAAGCACUCACAAGCCACGAAGGAGGAGAUUAGCUCCUUAACGACACGAGUUCAGGACUUGCAGCAGCAGCAAGAGAAGGGCCAGUCAAGCCAGAUCCAGCAGCUCCAAAUGGAGCUCCAGCGGUAUCAGACGAGUUUUGCAGACCUUGAGAAGCGAGCAGAGCUCAUGGCCCAAGACCUAGACACUGUCCUGGGAGUGGUGCCGAAGGUGGAGGACACCAUGCUGAAAACGACAGGCCAUCUUCAGGAGCGCAUAUCCGGCACUGCCAUGGAUGUGUCAAAGCUCAAUGAUGCUGUGGCUGUUGAUCGCAUGAAGGCAUCUGGAACCACUGAACGGCUUGAAACCAGGAUGAAGUCGCUGGAGUCAGACUUGCGCGAGGAGCUGGAACAGAAGCACCUGAAAUUGCAGCGAAGCAUUACGAGGCAACUAGAGAGCAUGAGCAGAGCCUUGAUCGAAAGCGACAGAGGAGUGGGAGGCAUGCCAGGAAUGCAUGGAAUGCAACAGCCUGAUGUCGGCCUCAUGGGUUCGGGGCACCGGCAGGUGGACUUCGACAUGCCCGGCAUGGACCGGCUCGACCCCAUGCAGCAAAGCAUGCCAUGCGGGUCAAACAAUGGACAGGAUCCCGAAUUGAAGCCCCCAAAAGGUUUGGGAACCGAGGGCAGUGACCAGUUGAAGGUGCGAAGCAGAAUUCAAUUGCAUUGGUCAACGACACGCUUACCAAGCCAGUGUUGCAGAAUGUUGCUCCUGGCAAGUGCUGCCCUGUGGGAACGUGCAUUGUGUUAAUUAGAACGUAUUGGUCUGCAAGAGGGCAGCUCGAUGAAUUCGCAAUUCGAUGGCACGAGUUUAGGA